ACCAGUUCAGUUGUCUUCGACAUCUCAUGGGCCCAGGAAGAGUGAAUUAAAAAGUGGAUAGUUUCUUUUCUUUAAUUAAAAGAAAGAAAAGAGAACAAAAAUGGGGAUCCUUAAUCAAGUGCUCGGGACUGGAAUAGCCUGCUACAUCUGCAUGACGAUGGGAAUCAUGUUUGCCUGGCCCUCGUGUACCCUCAACUUAUUCCAGUCAGCCAACACGACACUCUCGCGGCCCAUGUCUGAUGGGGAGUUGUCUCUAUUCGGCAGCCUCUCCUGCAUCGGCGCCCUGAUCAGCACCCCGCUCACUGGCUUCAUGCUGGACAGGGUGGGCAGGAAGUACUGCGCUGUUGCCUCCGCUGCUACUCAUGUUAUGUCUUGGAGUCUGAUAGCGUUUUGCAGUCAAGUGGAGGUGGUACUAUUCUCCAUCUUCCUCUGCGGCGUCGGUGGCGCGGUGGUUCUCAUCGUCCCAGUCUUUAUAGGGGAGAUCUGCCAGGAGUCUAUACGGGGGGCCAUGACGUCAGGCUCAAUGGUCUUCUACGCGAUCGGCAUGCUCCUGUCUUACCUGCUGGGCGGCAUCCUGGAGUACAAGACCAUGGUGUAUGUGUGCAUGUCGCUGUCAGUUGUGGGGCUGCUGCUGCUGACGGCUUUGAAGGAGACGCCCAUGUUCCUUAUGAUUAAAGGAUUGGAUCAGGAAGCAGCUAAAUCGUUCGCGUUCUACAGAAACGCGAUGGUGGAUUCUAAAGAGGUCCUUCAGGAGAUGGAGAAGCUUCGACGGGCUUUCAACCCAGACUUGGAUGAAGAGAAUACAACUCCAGAAGAAGAAAAGUUGAAAGUGGAUGAAAAACCCGUCGAGACUGAAAAGCCAUCCUUAUGGCAAUUCGUUAAAAAAUCCCGAUCUACUCGUCAAGCGAUGUUCGUAACACUGACCCUGAUCACAGCAGCAGUCUUCCAGGGUUUAGUGGUACUCCAAGUGUACGCUGAACCUUUGUUCCAAGAGGCAGUGCCAAACAUAUCUUCGACUGUGUGCAGUGUGUUGUUGGCAUUAGUGACGAUUAUUGCUGGGUUCAUUGCCGCGUAUCUGACUGACUUCGCUGGGAGACGGCCUCUGCUGAUCUACUCUUCCUUCGCAUCAGGCUUGUGCUGCGUGGUACUAGGCUCCCAGCUGCACCUCCACUGGGCACCACACUGGGUCACCGCAGUCGUCAUCUACCUGUUCACCACGGUCUACUCUUUAGGACCAGGCACCGUGCCUUUCUUGCUGGUGGCUGAAGUGUUCUUGCCUGAGGUAAAGAGCUUCAUGUCAAUGUUCGUGAUCGAGUGGGCGUGGUUUUGCAACUUCAUCAUCUUGUUCAUCUUCAACCCGCUGGUGUCCGCCAUCGGUCUGGGCCCUGUGUUCUACUUGUUCGCUGGAGUGUGUGCAAUAUCCACAGUCUUCUCUGUAGUAUACUUGCCCGAGACCAAGGGAUUGCCUGUCGACCAGAUACAGGCGCAUUUCGUCAAGAAACGAUAAUUUUAAGGAGAUUUUGAGAUUUAA